AUGGGAAUCAACAGAACUGCACCAUUUCACUACGCUGGCACCAAAGAAAUUCAAGGGUUCAAGAUCAGGGAAGACAGUUAUGGCUACUGUAUUCUGGGACGCAAAAGGUCAACCGAAGAUUCAAGUGACAUAACUUUCGACCAUCUCCAACCCUAUGACAACGCCUACGCUCUGCAGGCUCUGCCCGCCAUGUUAUACCUCGCCAUCCUGAUGCUGGUGGGUUGUGUCGGCAACUCAGUCGUCUGCUACGUCUACACCACAAAGUUCAAACGCACCACGUCUACGACAUAUUUCAUUGUAGCUCUGGCCGUCUUUGAUCUACUGAACUGUGUAACUGGCAUUCCGUAUGAAAUUAUCGACUUAAGAUACAAUUACUCCCUUGGAAUGAUUGCAGACUGCAGAAUCAUGCCAUUCGUCAUUACCUAUGUCUCCAUAUCAUCUGCCCUGAUAUUGGUUACAGUAGCUGUUGACCGGUACAGGAAGGUGUGUCGAGCGUUACGUAAACAGGCGAGCAAGCGUGCAGCGAGGGUGGCAAUAUUAAUGUGUUGUCUCGUCUCAGCCAUCGUCUCAGCCCCAAGUCUCCCCUUGUAUGGCGCAAGAACCAUCAUCAUUCCCGGAGGCUACGUUAACGGCUCGGAAUGCAGCAAUGCCGAUGACGUCAUCGACUCUCUCUUCCCUGUCUUCUACAAUGUGUUCCAAUUUUUCGUUUUCUUUUCAGGGGUAGUCAUCAUUAUUGUGUUAUACUUAUUAAUAUGGCGUCAGAUUGGCCAGCAAAAGGAUUAUAUGACACAGCUUACAAGAACGCCGCAGAUACACGGAACGCGAGAGGAAACUGCACAAAGAACUUCCUUCACCGGAACUUCUCAAGAAGAUGGCUGUGCAGCUGGAGCUGAAAAUCGCCAAAUUUCCAGGGCAGGUGAAUGUGGUGCCCAUGGUAACCUAGUGAUGUCACAGCGCGGGGCACGUUCGCAGAGGACAACCAAAAUGAUGUUCCUGAUCAGCCUCGUUUUCAUCCUCAGCUUCCUGCCUCAUCUCGGCAUCAUGGCGGCCACCGACAUCAACAAGAACCUGUACGACAAUCUCCACGGAGCCCAGGUCGCCGCCUACAACAUCUGUCAAAGAUCCUUCUUCAUCAACAGCGCCUCCAACCCCAUCAUCUACAGCUUCUGCAGCGUCAACUUCCGCCGUGCUGUCAGGGAUAUGAUAAAGAGGAAGAGUGAUAAAGGCCCGAUUGUUCACCUCCCAGAGACCGGUAUUUGA